AUGCAGUCUUACGCCCAAAACGCCGCUGCGGAAAUAACUCAGCUCAAGGCAUGGACCCCAGGUCCAGGUCCCCUUUACACGACAUUGACCGGAACAUGGUCUCUCCUCGGUCUUCCCAAUCCCCCAGCCGAGUUGACGAGCUGGUUCAGUGGUCUCAGUCCUCUAAGCACUCAAAAGGCCGUCGUCGCUGCUAUAGGAUCAUAUCUGUUGAUCAUUUUCGGUGGAAGGGAGCUUAUGCGCUCUAGAGCGCCUUUCAAGCUCACUUUACCAUUCCAAGCACAUAAUCUCUUUCUCACCGUUGGAUCAUUGAUCCUGCUUUCUCUCAUGCUGGAGGAAAUCAUUCCUGUGUGGCUUCGACAUGGAUUCUUUUGGGCUAUAUGUAACCGUAAAGCUUACACACCUCGCCUCGUUUCGUACUACAUGGUCAACUACUAUAUCAAAUACAUAGAACUCAUCGACACGGUUUUCCUCGUUUUGAAGAAGAAACCCCUGGCUUUCCUCCACGUCUUUCACCAUGCUGCUACCGCAAUCCUCUGUUUCACCCAGCUGGAAGGCGAAACAUCGGUGCAAUGGGUCGUAAUCUCUCUGAAUCUUUCCGUUCACGUCGUCAUGUACUAUUACUACUUUGCGACUGCAGGCGGAGCGAAGAUCUGGUGGAAACGAUACCUCACCACGAUGCAGAUCGUCCAGUUUGUUAUCGACCUAUUCAUUGUCUUCUUCGCCACUUCCCAGCACUUUAGCUACAAAUACAACGUCCCAUGUAUUGGCGAGUGUGCAGGAAGCGAAGGUGCUGCACUGUUCGGCUGUGGCUUGCUGUCCAGCUACCUCUUGCUCUUCAUCGCAUUCUACCGCACCACAUACAAGAAAGCAAGGUAA